AUGCUGGACUACGGAGAGUUCGUGCCGGACGCCCUGCUGGAAUCCGCAGAGCCUGUGAUGAGCAGCCUUGGCAGGAAGAUGGACUUUGUCCCUGUCACGGAUGAGGGCUUCUACGGGCAAGAGGACUGCGCCGCCCACGUCCUCGGCGGUCGAAACGCCCACAUAGAGACCUACGCUUACCUGCAGCUCACCUACGCGGACAUGGAGCUCUUGGACAACGUGUAUUUCAUGACGGCGCAGAUCUACGAAGGAAACCUCGCGUUCUUCUACCGGAAGCACACGCCGUGGCGCCGCGUGCUUGACAAGGGUCUCCAGCGCCUGGUAGAGGCGGGCUUCGUGGCGCACUGGCAGAAUGGCCUCCUCGAGCAGUACACGCGGGCGGGGAAGGCUGAUAGAGGCUCGAGUCCGCAACCACUAGCUCUUGGCCAUCUCCAGGGCGUGUUCUUCAUCUAUGCCCUGGGUCUGGCCAUCGCCUUCCUCAUCUUCCUCGUCGAAUCCGGCCUGAUCGCGCGGAAGGAGCAUAAAGCAAUCUAAUAUCCCGAAGCUAGUGUAUAUUAAACAAGGUUAUGUUAAUCUAUCUC